AUGCAAACCGCUUCCUCUUCCUCUACGUCUGUUUCGAUCCCUUCCGAUGCUCCGCGCUCAGUCGAUGACGCCCUGAACUCCAGCACAUGGUUCCAACAGCAGCGCUACUGGGAAGAGACUACGCGAGUCCAGACACAGUUGUUGGCCCUCCUCCAGAAGCAACAGACCAAGACGACCACUGGCGCCACUACGGCCGAGGCCAAGCCGCGGCGCCCGCGACGCAACAGCGUGUCGCCCGUGUCCCAGUCGACAUUCAAGAAGACUAGCACCGCCACCAGCUCGACCACAUUCCCGACAUUCCCGACCGCCGAGCCCACUGCUGCUCGUCGACGUGGGUCCUGGUCGUCGUCCACAAUGGCCGCGGCCCAAUCCGCAGCAUUCCUCGGGCUGGCCGACGAGGCGGCCGCCGUGUCGGCCAUGCAGCUGCUGGCCCUGGCCCACACCAGCAAGCGGGACGCCAAGCGAGCCCAGGGCUGCACCAGUCCGUUCGGGAAGGCCAAGGAGGCCGAGCCCUACAGCUCCUUCGACGACACCGGCGACCUCCAGCCUCAACCCGACAACGACUCGCAGCCCGCUUCUUCAGCAUCGACUAAGAGGCCGUUCGUCUCAUUUUCGUCCGCGUCGUCACCUGCGUCGCAUUCCGCGCCCAUGCAGGAGCGCGCGAACAUCAUGUCCAUCUCGGCCCUCCUCAACUGA